AUGGAGACACUCUUGAAACUGAGUACUCAGCCACGAUUCGGCGUCUGCGCGUCCACUACACAUCGAUCGAUCUCCCAGCGCCCGGUGACUUGGAAUACCCUUCGCCACAACAUAGGCACGCCGUAUUUGGCCGCGGCGCCGUACGCAGUGGUGCGUAUGCUUCUCUUGUUCAAACUUGAGUGGCUGCCACCCGACCUCGCAUACUUUGUGGUGCAGCUUGCAGUUGUUAUUGUACGCGAGAUGAGGUUACCGCAGAUGGAGGAUUACGAAAAGUGCGACAACCCUCUCGAAACACAGCUUCCAUCAGAAAAUGGCGCAUACUGA